CUAGACGUCCCUGUGUGCCCUGCCCGCCAUGUCCAGCCCCUGUGCCCUGCUCGCCUGGACCUUUCUCACGCUCCUCGGACUCGGAGUGGCUCAAGAAGACUUGACCCCAUGCAGCCCCAUCGUGCCCCGGAGAGAGUGGAGGGCCCUGCCGUCCACGUGCAAACAGCGCCUGGACCUGCCCGUGCGCUGUGUGGUGGUGUCACACACGGCGGGCAGCCCCUGCGACACACCAGCCUCCUGCAUGAGGCAGGUCCAGAACGUGCAGCAUUACCACGUGCGGACGCGGGGCUGGUGCGACGUCACCUACAACUUCCUGAUCGGAGAAGAUGGGCUUGUGUAUGAGGGCCGGGGCUGGGACAUUCAGGGCGCCCACGCAGGAGGAGGCUGGAACUCCAAGUCCAUCGGCAUCAGCUUCAUGGGUAACUACAUGGAUCGGGCACCCCCGCAACGAGCCCUCAGGGCCGCCCAGAGUCUGCUGGCUUGUGGAGUGGCUCGGGGCGCCCUGAGUCCCAACUAUGAGGUCAAAGGACACCGGGACGUGCAGCAGACACUCUCUCCAGCCCGCGUCCCUCCGUCUCUGCCUCCCUCAAGGCCCCAACCUCCCAGAAUGGGAGGUGCUGGAAGGACGCAGGCCCCGCCCCACGCCGACUCCCGGGGGAUGGGGAUGCAGGGGCCGGCUCCCCUCGCCGGUCACGACCGCGUGUCCAGCCGGCUCAUGUAUUCCUGCAAGGCCUUCAGGUGGGCGUCUAUCUCGGCCAUGUCGGCCGCCUGGUGGUCCGAGCUGUAGUCUGCGUGAGCAGGGGGCAUGGGGCUGGGAGGGGCCUGAGCCCCGGGAGCUCGCGGCCAACCAGCGCCCUGGGCGCCAUCCCAGCCCGCCCUGGGGCC